UGUAAAAAUGAUGGUCUCCCUCUCCGGCAGCAGCUUGUUCAUGUGUGGAAUUAUGUGUUCUGUCUGCGGAAAAGUAAUCUAAUUUAAAAGUUCAUAGCUGAUUUGAUGCUGUUGAACAGACAGCGGGGCCCACAAUCAAAAAUAGAUCAGAGAAUUUCCACCAGUGUUGCAGCACAAGUGCAGGAAUGAGGAGGUCAAAACUUCCCCAGUUGAGUUAGGUAACCGCUGCCAGGAAUGGGCCGGGCCUCCCGCCGUGAUGAAGCAACACGGAGCCAAAGUGUGUAUAAAUACAGGAAGGCUCUGCAGACUAAAACCAUUAGACAGCCGACAGGACUCUAAAGAGCUGACGAGGGUCACCAGAAGAUCUGAAGAAACCCACUUGCCCUGACAAUCACCAUCCAUCACUGGAGCUGAAGAACAAAUUGAAGAUAUUGUGGCACUCUUCGGUGGCCCAACACCCAUGAGAAAAAAGACCCAUCAGCUCUAAUCUUCAAAGGACUUAAUAACUAAACCGUUUUAACCCACCCGAAAAAAAAAAAAAAAUGAAGGCUUUCAGCAUUGCAGUUGCAGUGACACUCGUGCUUGCCUUUAUUUGCAUUCUGGAGAGCUCUGCCGUCCCAUUGAACGGGGUGCAAGAGCUGGAGGAGGCAGGGAGCAAUGACACUCCAGUUGCGGCACAUCAAGAAAUGUCAAUGGAAUCGUGGAUGAUGCCGAGUCGCGUCAGGGAGAAGCGUCAGAGCCACAUCUCCAUGUGCUACUACUGCUGCAACUGCUGCAGGGCCAACAAGGGCUGCGGCUACUGCUGCAAGUUCUGAAGAGCCUCCCCGCGACAACAACCAAACUAUAAUUUAUUACGCUUUUUAGAGAAACAGCCUUUUUUUUUCUAGACCUCUUUCUCCGAUGCAUUGACUGUUCCACACUGAGCGGGGGAAAAACCCAACGAAGAGCUUUUCUUUGUAUUUAUUUUGUAUGUUUUAAUACUCAAGUCUAUUUGUAAGUGCAAUGACACAAUUUGUUUCUAUAAAUGAUCCACAUGUGACUGUUUUUCUUCAUCUAAAUGAAAUCUUUUGAUGCUGAAUAAAUCAUGAGCAUUCAAAGUAA